GUGAGGGUGACAAAUAUUCGCCGUCCAAUCUAACGGUGAAACGACGUUAAAACAAACAAGAAACUCAAAACCAAAAAGGUCAUGUUAAACGGCAACUAGUAUUAUUAACCUUUAUCAAUCAUUGUCCUCUUUUCCUACAUCUACUUCUAUUACUUCUACUAACCUUGGACCAUACAAAGCUGUAUAGUACCACUUUUCCUACUUGCUGAGAAAUUUUCUCCAGCUAGCUUCCUUCUCUAGAUUCUCGCCUGAAAACCCAUCGGAAUCUCGCCGGAUUUUUAGUCACUUUCAUAGUUUCCCAAAAAGGGUUUUUAUCUGAAUUAAUCAAGAUCUCUUCUGAAGAGCUAGCUUCAUAUCUUUCUUCCAUGGAGGUAAUUAAUGCCAUUUAUUUUUUUCUUUUUUAAGAUGGGAUUUAAUCAUUUGCUGUAAAUCCAAAUCCAAAUUUUGUUUUCUUCGGGCAUUUUUCUUUUCCGUUUGAAUGAAACUUAUUUUUAGCUUUGUUGAAGGACUAAAAAAAAGCAAAAAUCAGGGACUGAACUUCUGAGUUUCAGAUCCAUUUCUGGGUUUUCAUUAUUUUCUCAUUUUUAUGAACUCUUUUCACGUUACAAACUUAAAAUACUUUGAGUUUAGGGUUUUAGUAUUACUUUGUUGAUUAUCUUAAGUUUGGUGGUAUUUUCUUGGGUUUUCGUGAAGUGGGCAGAAAAUUUUGGCUAAGAUUUUCUUAACCAAGUGAAGAAGGCAAACAGUAACUUUACUGACUCAGUACUGUUUUUGCUUUGUUUAUGGGGAAGCUUCGAAGUCUGUGAGGGAGAAAGCUUCAGUCUGAAAGAGAAGAGAAAAACAAUAUGUUGCUUGGCCCAUAAGGCUAUUAGGUCUUUCUUUCUUACACACGAAACAUCAGAAUACAAAAAGGGUUCCAGAAUUAGCUAACCAUUUGUUUUAAUUUCCGGUGUCUCUUUGUGUGUUUUUUUCUCCUUUUAGCUUCAAAGGGUAAUGGUUUCCUUUCUGGGUUUUCGUUGGUUAAUUACUGGUGAUUCUCCACUUUUUUUUUUUUUUGGAUUCUGGCAAACUGAGAUCAGUAAGAUACAGUAGUAGUUUCAAUUUUCAAGGAAAACAGGCACAAUCAACCCACAUGGAGACUUUAAAGUUUUCUUCCUUUCAUUUAUUGUCUUUUUCCUUGUCUCAAGUCCAAAAAACGUCACUUCCUUCUUGUUCCUUUGCAGUGGUUUUUGCAGUGUUUCAAUAUCUCAUGAAUGAAAAAUAUUGCUAACCAGCUUUUGGUUUCUUGUUCUUUGUAUGUUAUACUUUAGUGGGGGUCGCAUGCAUUUGUUUGAUUUGGACCAUAUCUUUUUUUUUUUUUUUCCUUUUUUCUUUCUUACAACUUGAGUAAUCUUGGCCUAAUUCCAUAAUUUGUAGGCCAUUUCUACUGUAUAAAGGAAACCAAGAUGAAUGGAAGAGGUUGAAGGAGUUUGUUGAUAUAUUUGGGGAGGAUUAGAAGUUUUUUAUGGAGACAAGCAACUUUAGGCCUCAACAACAACUGCAUGUAGCCCAACAAAGCCGUAGAGAAAAAUUAAGAGUGCAAAACCAUGACCAAUUUUCCGGGGAUCAUGAGGAUAUUGCUCAGCCUAGAAGUUUUCGGUAUGGAAAUAACUUAUCAUAUGAUGAUCAUCAUCAUCAACAAGUAUUGUAUCCUUCCUCUGAAAUGAUUAAUAAUUUCGAUUCUGCUUCGAAUUCAUCACAACCAUUAUUGAUGAUGGCUGCUGCUCAUACUAGUAGUAAAGAUGUUGCGAUGAGUGGUGACCCACAUAAUUGUAGCACUUGGAAAAGCAUUGGUUCACAAGAGAGUACUUGUGAUUGGAACACUGAUAGUAGUAAUCCCAACCCAAUCUUUGUCGGAUCACAAGGCUUGUCUGCUUCUUUCAAGUCAAUUUAUAACAUGAGGCCUGGUUCUUCUUCGUAUGGUUACCAUCAUCAUCAUGAAGUACAAUCAUCAUAUUUGACCAGUCAACCUCCUGGUGAGAUGAACUACAAUUCUUCUUCACUUUACCAUGGUACUAAUAUUGUUCCUCAGGAGAUGGGAUUUGGUUCAAUGCAUGAACAGAACAAUAGGGAAGCUUAUGGAAACGAAUUACAUCUACUUCCAGCUUGGUCUAACAGGGACUUGAUCUACACUGAAAAUAAGAGUAUGGAUCAUAGAGAUGUUCCUAGUAGAAUAUCUGGAAAUGAUCAUGGUUCUAGUAACUACACUCAGGCUUUGUCUCUAUCGCUCUCGUCGAUUCCCUUGUGUAAAUCCCAUGUUGGAUGUGAUAGAAUGGUCCCAGAAGAUUUGCAUUCUGGCGGAGCUGCUGGUAAUUGUUACAGCAAUUUGAAUCAAGAUGUGAAGGCAUUGAAGUCUGAGUACUUGGGUUUUGAUGAGAAAGCAUCUUAUAAUGGUAAAGGAAUUGAAAAUGUGGUGGGAAAUAAUCCUACUUUAGUAACUAAUAGAAGUGGAGUAGGUCCACUUGGUCCAUUUACUGGCUAUGCAACUAUACUGAAAAGUUCAAGGUUCUUAAAGCCAGCCCAACAGCUUUUGGAGGAAUUUUGUAACAUGGUUGGUCCGAAGUCCAUGAAAAAUUUGGAGUAUCCUGAGAAAUUAUCAAAUGAGGUUAGGGCUUCUUGUACUGAUUUUGAUGUUGCUGAGUCCAUUGCUGGAGGAGCUCUUGCAAGGGAUUCUGGUGGCUCGUCAUCAACAUAUUAUAGUUCUAACAAUAAUGAAAAGAUCCAGGAAGUUGGAGGUUUAAGCAGCUCAAAUGAAUCCUAUCGCCCGGAGUAUCUACAAAAGAAGGCAAAGCUGUUGUACAUGCUGGAAGAGGUAUGCCGAAAGUAUAAGCAAUACAAUCAACAAAUGCAAAUGGUGGUUUCUGCCUUUGAGUCAGUUGCGGGGCUCAGCGCAGCCACCCCUUAUAUUUCCCUGGCACUCAAGUCAAUUUCCCGGCAUUUCCGGUGUUUGAAGAGUGCAAUUUCAGAUCAGCUAAAAAAUGUAAGGAAAGCUUUGGGAGAAGACUUCUCAUCCCCCACAACUGGCACCACAAGCAGUAGUGAUAAAGGCGAUACGAGCAUGACAUCAAGGUUGAAAUUGAUGGACCGAACCAUUCAAAAGCAGAAAGGUACCAGUUAUUUUGAGUGUCAACAGCAUGUGUGGAGACCUCAGAGAGGCCUGCCUGAGCGAGCUGUUGCCAUUCUUAGAGCCUGGCUCUUUGAUCACUUCCUCCAUCCGUAUCCCACUGAUGCAGACAAGCAUAUGUUAGCCUCUCAAACCGGUUUAAGUCGUAAUCAGGUUUCAAAUUGGUUUAUCAACGCUCGAGUUCGUGUAUGGAAGCCAAUGGUUGAGGAAAUACACAUGCUGGAAACAAAAGGAUCAGCAGAAACCAGCUCAGUUGCGGGAAAACCUGAUGAGACAACAGGCGGAAGAAGUCUAUCAUCAAACGAUACUCAACCAUUAAACAGGCUAAACAGUGGUGGGUUUUCAGAAAAACCAGUGGAAUCCAUGGAUAUUGGCUCAUCUGGAUUCGUGACGAGCAGAAUGAAUGUCGAAGCGUGGAACCAGAAAAGGUCUCGAGUCGAAUGUCACAAUGUUUCAGGACAAAUGGAUGGAUCAGUGGUUAGUUUUUCACCAUACCAACAAAGUGGAAUUGAUAUUGGAAGUCUUGGAGCGGUGUCGCUUACAUUGGGUCUUAGGCGAAAUGUUGAUGGUUUGCAGCCGCAACAACAGCAGCACGAUAACCAUCACCUAAGACGGCAUUUUGGGGAUCAGAUCAUCUAUGAUUUUGUUGGUUAAUUUUCUUUUUGAAGGGUAAGAUAAAAAAAAAUAAUGGUAGCUGGUCAAAGGUAAAGGUUUUCUUUUGCUAGUUGUUCAUUGAUGCUGCACAAAACAUUAGGCCGAAUCAAUGAGCUGAUUAUAAUGUCAACUACAAAAUGGCCAUCUUUGUAUAUGCAUAAUGAUAGAUAGGAUCAUCUUCAGCCUUCAGGACUUUGUAUUGUACCUUAUAUGCAUCGCUAAAUCCAUGUUCCAUGGGUGCAAUGCUAUGGAAAUAAAUCGUAAGCGGGAAUUUAAGUGGGUUGGGUUAUGAUUAUACGAUAUCUCGAAUUUCUGAAGUCUGAACACUAACGACAUAUAACGAAUAAAUUUCUGUUGUUUAAUAGUG